AUGCGUCUUCUCAGUUGUCGUAGGUUAGGCGCCGUUUUAUCUGGGAUUGACCAGGUGCGUUUUGUUGCCGUGGACGACGGCGCUUUGUCUUCCUUGGUGCCGGCGGGCACGCAUCCCUCUUUAUCGGACGGUUUGGUGUUUUCACCGAUUUCUCCUGUGACGACGAAUCUGCACACGCUUCAGCGGCCUCCUUUGGACUUCCACUAG